AUGUACGCGGAUGAUAUAACUCUCUGGGUCAAUCCCCGCGAUGCACCACGCGAUACUCACACCACCAUAGCCACAGUACAAAAGGCUCUCGACACCCUCGACCGGUGGUUACCUGCUACAGGAAUGAAGCCAUCACCAGAGAAGACUGCGGUCCUACUGAUUGGCGGCCUUCCUCAACUCCGGGCGCAAGUCAGUCUGACCCUCGCAGGGAAACCCAUCCACCGACCAGAGGAGCGCUGGAUUCGCAUUCUCGGAGUUCCCAUUCAUGAAGAGGGAGGCGUCGGGGAAUGGCUCAGCCAACUUCAGGCUUCGUGGAAACAGCACCUCCAUCUCAUCCGACGCAUCGCCACGCGUUUCGGGGGAGCAGGCCUGGUGACCAACUGGGAGGCGGUCAGUCCGUGCGUGCCGUCCAUGAAGAAGGAGCUCCUGUUCGCGGGGCCCAUGGGCCUGUUCGCCUUCGUCUCCGGCUGCGUCUUCGUCGACAGGGAAAACUCCGAGAGGGCCAGGGAGACCCUCAACCGAAGACUGGAGGACGUCCGCAGCGGGAAGACAAGCAUCCUGAUAUUUGCCGAGGGAACGCGAAAUGAAGAGCCCAAGCUGCUGCCUUUCAAGAAGGGUGCCUUCCAUAUGGCUGUGCAGUGCCAGGUUCCCAUUGUUCCCCUGGUAAUUUCGCGCUAUUCGAGCUUCUUCAGCACGAAAGAGAAGAAGUUUAAUGCAGGUCACGUCCGUAUCACUGCCCUACCAGAAGUGAACACGGAAGGAAUGGGUCCGAACGACGUGGCGGACCUCGCGAGCAUGGUUCAGGACAUCAUGCAAACGGCCAUCGACAAUGAACUGACCGCUGAAGAGACACGGCGCUUUAGGGGGUCCUACGCGGCUGCACUGUCGGCAUCAUAGUCGGCCGCCUCGUUUUUUAUACGUAGAGUUUUUUGUUUGUUUUUCUCAAUAAUUGGGGUCUUUUUGCGCCAGCUAUGCG